AUGAAAACUCUCUCCCUCUCUCUCUCUCUCUCUCUCUCUCUCUCUCUCUCUCUCUCUCAAUUUCUUCAUUCCUUCUAUCUUUCCGUAUAUAUAUUUAAUUGGUACACGCAAAUGUUGCUUACCAGCUGUUUGCAUAAAAUGACGUUGCAAUCAAGGUGUGGAGUUGAGAAAAGUAGUUCUUCAGUUUGGCAAGAUUUCACAGUAAAAGCGAAUAAGCUGUGCGGCUCUUUAUGGUCAACAACCGCUUCAAUGGUGUCAUUCAUUGAUUCACUGCAGAAGGUCGCCGACAUGGCUAACAAUUCAAAAGGAGCAGUAAAGGACAUAGGGGCGACUUUGACAAGGUUGUGUUUGAGGCAGAAGAGCAUUGAAGAGAAGCUGAGAGAAUUUGCGGUCAUCCUUGGCGGAACAUUUUCCCCAAUUCCAGGCCUUCUCGAUGAUUGGAAGAAAACUGUCGUCCAAAUGGACCAUGCCCACUCAAAAGAAUACAAGAAAUUAAACAAUGAGAUCCAAAAGAACAUGACUGAGGCGAACAAACUGAAGAAACAAGUUGAGAAAGGAGGUAACGCAGCCAAACUUCAACCUAGUUUAGACAGCAAGAUGCAAUCAGUGGAGUUCAAGUACAAUGACCUCUCGACCAAUGAAAGUGUGGCCCUAAAAAAAUUGACCCUACACGAGCGCCAGCGUUUUAGUUUUUUCGAAAAGGAAUGCGAGUUAUUGACGGAGGUGACGCAUCUGGACGAGGUGACACGUGUCUUAACCGAGCAGACCAAAGAUUCUGAAAGCAUAAUCAGAUACUGCGAAGAUUUUGUUGAUGAUUUCAGAUCCACCGAUGUUGAUCGUCAAGAAGUUCCGUUUGUGACGCCACCAGGCACGCCACACGGCCUCUCAAGACACUCCAGCUCCAUCAGCAUCAGAAGUUCAACGUCAGCGACAUCGUCGUCAGUGGCCGGUGGUGUUGUUAGCGCUCUGGACAACAUGUCCAUCAACUCACAAAGUACUUUGACAAGAAAAAGUUCUACAACUUGCAACAACCCAGACGGCAGUAACGAUUUCACAACUCCACCGCCCACUUCUCCUCCAGAAACUGCUGACAACAACAACAGAAACAGCUCAACAAACCUGUCUACAUUUUUCAACAGCAAAUCUAUUUCUAACAACGACAAGCACAACUCAUUAAAACGCUCAACGAGUAAACUUCAUAGCAACAACAACGCGAACAAUCACAACAACAACAAUAUCAGCAGCAGCAGCAACAAAAGCAACUACACCAACGUUGAAGACGGCGAGUUGUUGUUAGCUCACAGAGAAGAAUCCGACCACAACAAAGCAUUCCAACGCCUUUCAACAUCGAGAAGCACCAUUUCGGUCCCCUUCAAAUCUCCAACUGAAUCCACAACGCUGCAAACUCUCGAUUCACCUCUGAGGCCUGGCAGCCAGCAAGACAAACGUCACACCUUGGACCAGACCAAGCGUGUCACAAGUGCCAGCCACUACAACAACAACAACACAAAUCCCAACAAAGAUAUCAUCAACAAUUCGGGAUUCGCAACUUUAACAAGGAGCAGCUCGACCAAGAAAGGAUUUUUCUCAUCAGCACGUGCAAGUUUUUUCGGAGGUCACACAUCGACUGGUAGAAUUAAUAAUCCGACUUCACCAAAAUCAACGUCGUCGUCGACGUUUUUGAACCACAACCACUGGUCGCCACCGCCCCCGCCACCUCCACCACCAUUCGUUCCUUCUCCGGAUGAACAGAUUGCCACAUUGAUGAGAGCCGGGUCCAAAAAAUCAUCCGCACCUCUCCCACCGCAAUCACCGGGUAUUCAAGCUACCUUGCCACAAUCUCCUGACCGAGUGCAGGAUACUCAGCAGCAAGUAGUAGAGCCAGAGCAACGUGUUCAAACAAAGCCUCCAAUACAGUCGCAGACUACACAAUCAGCUCCACAAAGACCUCCUCCUUUAAUUUAUUCCCCUCAAAAUUCCAUACUCAGACAGAAACAACAGAACAGCAUCAACAUUUUGAAAUCAGCCGGCGUUAGUGCACCUGAGAGACCAAAGUACACCCCCCAACCUUCCCCUUCCUACAACCAGGUACGUCAGAGUGCCGUGCCACCUGACGCCAUCAAACAACAGCCCCCGCAACAAAUUUCGUCGACAUCAGCACCUGUUAAAAUCGAAACUGAAAAUAGAAUCAUCCCGAUUAGAAUUCUCCACAAAUAUGCCGAUGGACUGGCGGCUGGGAAAUCAAUUGAAAAUCAGAACAGGUCUCCGUUCUCGUUCGACGAUUCAAAACCCUUCCCGCCGACAAGAUUAUCAUCUAUCAAUCAAGAACAACAACAGCAACCGCAACAGCAACCGCAACAGCAACCGCAACAGCAACCAAUUAUUACAAGAUCUUUCUCAAUUCGCCAGCAGGGACCGCCUAGAGACAGCGCUGUUGUGAAGUCUCCAGAACCAAUCACUUUCAAUUGAAUUUUAUUACUUAUCUGAAUUGAAAAUAUUGGUAAAAUAUUAUACUCCCAAAUUAUUAUCGUUACUAAUGCAUUUAUUUUACAGCUAUUUG